GUCUCCAAAAGACAAGCAACACAUUCCCUCAAACCCAACUACAUGAACUUCGAAUCAAUCAAUAGCCUGGACCUCAAUGGGGCCUUUAAAAUUGCCAAUUUGGCUGUGGCUGUGUUAACUGCGUUGUCAGGAUUAUCCCAGUUGUUCCAUGGAUUCCAAUCUUUUAUCAUCGGGAUAUACUUAGUGGCAUUUGGUGCCGGAAUUGGGUUUCUUGAAUUCAGAGUUCCUGCUGAAGCGUAUGCGUACGGAUCAUUCAUGUUCUCUUUUAUCGGAAGAGGAGUGUUCUACACAUUUUUGAGUGCCAGUAUCAGGGGCCACAGCAUCUUCCGGUUGUUGGCGGCGUUGAUUGUGUUUCUCGUGGGAGUGGUGUACAUUGCGUUAGAAGCAAUUCCAAGUAUCUCGCCUCCUGACAACAUGAACACUGAAGGAAUUUCCAUCGGUAAUGAAGAAGACAUUAUCUAGUGAAUGAGACUCACCCGGGGUCAAACAGAAGUAGCCCAGUACUAUAUCUUUCUUUAAUCUAAAAUACCAUAUUUCCAGCUGCAAA